AAGAGGGAACUUUUCCAUAAGUUGCACUAUCCACAAACACCAUCCUCUCCAAUCACAGCCCACCACCUUCAGUCUCAGCUUUUCUUUCUCUCUCUCACUGCCCAAAGCAGCACUUAGAUUCAUUCCUUGAAGCUUGCUAACUUGCUUUUCAGGUUCUCGAUUUUCUCUCUUUCCCUUCAUAGUUUCACUCACUUUUUUUUCUUUCUUCCCUUUUCUUUGUUGCUGAGGCCACAAGGAAAAGGAAGAAAGAACAGAUCUUUACCAGCUUUUUUCACUGCUCCAAAUCCUGAGUUCAAGUGUUUCCCUUCUUUCUUUCUUUUUUCCCAAUUGGGUUUUCAUUUCCACCCUCUGUUUAGUUUCCUACUUCCUUCUUCCUCUGCUUCUUUUUCUUUCCCAAUUGGGAUAUAUCAAGGGGUUGCAGGUAGCGGUACAUGUGUUAGUUAGCUCUAACUUGAAAGCACUUUCCUUUUUUGGCAAGUCUGACCUACAAGCUGUACUCCCUUAGAAUUCCGAUUAUUUAUUUCUGUUCCAUUUUCUUAAAAUUGUUUCUGGGUGUUUCUCUUUGUUCUGUUUCUGUUUGUGUUCCUUGGAAAGCCCAUUGGGUUCAGAUCUUAGUAGUUGGUUCUAGGGUUCCAUUACGGAGUAGCUAAAUUACUUUCCUUUUUUAAUUUAAUUUGUGACAUUAUCUCUGAUUUUUCAAAAAGGUUGGUCUUUACUAGAUUCCUCAGGGUAUGCCUAUGCGCAAAAAGGUAUUCUGAUUCCUUUCAAAAUGCUUCUUGAUUUAACGCUGAUAGUACUGCUGUGAAACCUCCACCACUCUGCAUUUCCUUCUCUGGGUUGUCCCCCUUCUUGCUCUGCCUUUCCUCUGUCUCACCAAUUCAAAAUCUUGAACCAAAUCUUAAAUUCACAGUCACAAAUCAGUUAACAACAAUCAAAGUUGGGAAUUUUCUUCAAAAAUUUCUUGUGGGCAGCUGCAAUUUGCAUGGUAAUUCGAUUCGAUGAAGUGGGAAAUGGAAAUUCUCUCCCCUGCCCCGUAUAUUCCAAACGCUAAUUGGCUUCAGGAGAGUAAGAGCACGAAAUGGACUCCGGCGGAGAAUAAGAUGUUCGAAAACGCGCUGGCGCUGUUCGACAAGGAGUCCCCGGACCGAUGGCACCAAGUGGCGGCGAUGAUCCCGGGAAAAACCGCUGGGGAUGUGAUGAAGCAGUACAUGGAAUUGGAAGUUGAUGUUAACAAUAUAGAGGCAGGGCUGGUGCCAAUUCCUGGAUAUACUACCUCAGCUUUCACAUUGGAUUGGGUGAACAGUCAUGGCUAUGAUGGGUUCCGGCAAUCGUAUGGCAUCGGCGGGAAGAGAUCUUCGGCAACUCGGCCUGAGAAUGAGAGAAAGAAAGGGGUUCCAUGGACAGAGGAGGAGCAUAAAUUGUUUCUGAUGGGACUGAAAAAGUACGGCAAAGGGGACUGGAGAAAUAUCUCGCGCAAUUUCGUUAUCUCUAGGACACCGACUCAGGUGGCUAGCCAUGCGCAGAAAUACUUCAUCAGGCAGCAUUCGGGAGGGAAAGAUAAGCGGAGAGCUAGCAUCCAUGACAUUACAACUGUGAAUCUCGUCGAUGCGAAAACUCCUUCACCGGACAACAAAAUACCCUCUUCACCGGAGAACUCUACUGUGCUUCACCCCCCGCCGCCGCCGCAGCAGCAGCAGAUGAAUUCUGCCUCUACGCCCAGAACACCUUUUCAAUGGAAUCAGCCAAAUGGUGGAGCAACCAUGGCUUUCAACCCAACACAUGGAAACGUGUUCAUGACCUCUCCUUAUGGGAUUAUUAACUCUUAUGGGCUUAAAAUGCAGGGCCAAAAUCUGCCAAGAGGUGUUUCACAUGAGUCUUACCUCGGACCUCAAAGUAUGGUUUUCCAAAUGCAUUCUGCACAGCACUACCCCCAUGGAUGAGAUGUAGCAGUUGUUUUAUACUUUCAAUGGCUUGAACCGCCAUAUCUUUGUCUUGUUUGCUAGUAUAGCUUUGUUUAAUUUGUGCUUUUUGCUGGUUUUAUGUGAAUAUGUUAGUCCAUAGCUAUGAACUUGAAGUGGUCAAGGAUUAUGUUUUCUCUCGGAACUGGUGAAAAUUGAGUGGAAAGAGUCUCCAACUUGGGUUUCUUUGUA